GUUAAAUAACGCAUUAUACUUUAGCGGAAAUCAAUUUCCGGAAGUGACUAGUGAAAGCAACGCUAGAAUAGCUUUAAAACCAUUUAAAUAUGGCUUGCCCGAACCAGUUAAAAGUAUAAUUGUAAGCAGAAAUCCAAAAUCAUUAAAAGAAGCGUAUGACAUUAUAAAAUCAAAUGGCUACCUAAAAUAUAAAAAUCAGCAAUUUAGUUUUAACAGGGCUCAAUAUAAUUACAGAAAUAAUUCAGAACAGAGAUCGUGCAACAUUUCUAAUUAUGCUAAUCAACAGCACGCACAAAAUACCAAUAACAGUACUAAUAACCACGGACAACAAAACCAUAACAGUACGCCAACAAAUUUUUCUUUACAGUCAAGACUUACUAGCAAUAGCAGCAAUUUGACUAACAGAACUCAAAAUAGUUCACGUAAAAUUAACAGCACUAAUAACUACCAAGCAAAUAACAACAACAACCAGCGAUUUAAUGCUAAUCAAAACCAUAGUCGUUUACGUAAUGAACCUUUAACAGAACCAAUGGAUGUAGGAGUAAAUGAGAAUACGCCAAAUUUUCAAUUGGACGGACACGAAAAUUACCCUAUAUAAUCGUAGACACGCCCGUAAGAAAACAAGUUUAUUGUUGACACA